AUGUUAACUAAAAAAGAAGAUCUAUGGAAAGAUUCAAAUACAGUUACACCAUCAAUAGUAGAUAAAAACCGUAGAAAAAAAUCUACUAGAAAAACAUUCCUGAGCGAUUCUGAAAAAUCAACUGAUGAUAAUAGUCAAUCGUGUACAAAAGAUUGUUGUUUUAUUUGUUCAAUUCUACCGGGUUUAUCGCAUAUAAAUACAUGUAAUAGUCACUUAAAGUUAUUAACUAAACAAAUAACAUCACGAAAAGUUACUUAUAUGAUGCAUUCGAAAAUCGAUGAUUGCCAAUCAAGUUCUUCGGCAUCGCCAAGUCAUCGAGGGCGACGAUCAAUGAUUUUAUCACCUUCUGAUUCUAGUAGUCAAGAUGAUUUAUUCUUUUCUCCGGACGUUCAGUUUCAAGAACCAAUGACAUAUAACGAACAACAUCAAAUUGAUCAUAUUCAAGCUCCACUGUCACCUUCGCUUCCAUCGUCUUCAACGGCAAGCACGACUUUAGAGCAAUUUCAUGAACUCUUUUUUGCACCAAUUUUACAAUGCAAUAAGCAACAAUCUUUAUUGAAAGAUAUUCAAAAUAAAUCAAUACAAGAAGAAGUGCCUCAAACUAAUGCCGAAGUUAAUGCGAGUUUUUCAACAUCAUUUUAUUGUCCUCUUGAUGCAAACGAUUGUAACGAUGAAAAGAACACAACAGCUGAUACAGAUCAAUUACGUGAAUUAAUUUUAACUGAUACAUAUUUUCAACCAAUCAUAUUGCUUGAACGCAUACAAUUCGAAAAAGGAUAA